AUGAGCAAAUUCAGUGGGACGUGGAAAAUGAAGCGCAGUGAGAAUUUUGACGAACUUCUCAAAGUCUUGGGAGUGAAUGCCAUGCUGAGGAAAGUGGCCGUAGCUGCAGCCUCAAAUCCUCACGUGGAGAUCCGUCAGGAGGGAGAGACUUUCUACAUCAAAACCUCCACCAGCGUGCGCACGACCGAGAUCCACUUCACCAUUGGAGAGGAGUACAACGAGGAGACGGUGGAUGGCCGCAAGUGCAGGGGCAGGUGGGACUUCUCCUUGCCGAUAGUUCUGGAGGUUGAAUGA